AUGGUUGAUUUAUUUGUUGAUCCGUUGGUCUGGCUUGUAAUAGAGAAAUUGGGCAAAAUUCUGCAAGAUGAGGCGGUUUUGUUGGUGGGUGUCACCGACGAUAUCAAAAAGCUUUACCGUACCUUCACCUUGAUCCAAGCUGUUCUUAAAGAUGCUGAAACUCGGCGAGUGAAGGACGAAGCAGUGAAGAUCUGGUUGCAGAAUCUCAAAGAUGUGGCCUAUGAUGUGGAUGACAUAUUAGAUGAAUGGAUGACAGAAGCUCUCAUAUCACAAGCACCCGAUGAAGGUGAUGAGUCCUGUUUCAGCAAGAUGAAAGUAAGAAACUUCCUCUCGCCUAUUACUUGCUUCAAACAUGUAACGUUACGCCACAAAAUUGGGAGUAGGAUAAAGGAAGUGAGGGGUAGAUUACAUGAUAUCGCUGAAGAGAAGAAUCAAUUGGGUCUUAGAGCAGAUAGUGGGGAGGGUGAGAGAGUGGUUAGUGAAUUGAUCAGGUGGGGUGAGAACAGAGAGCGAGAGACAAGCUCCUUAGUCAACCCACCGUCAGUGAUUGGCAGAGAUGGUGAAAAAAAUGUAGUCAUAGGCUUACUUCUGCAGGAGGUAACUGAGGUGCCCUUUGUCAUUUCUAUCGUUGGAAUGGGGGGUUUGGGCAAGACCACCCUUGCUCAGCUCAUCUACAAUGAUGAGAAAGUGGAGGGGCAUUUUGACAUGAAAAUGUGGGUGUGUGUUUCUGAAGAUUUUAAUGUGAAACAGAUUACGAAAUCAAUCAUAAAAUCUGCAAAUGGGCCUAAUUGUGAUCAUCUAGACCUGGACCCUUUGCAACAUCUCCUCCGUGGUAUAUUGCAAGCAAAGCUAUUCUUGCUGGUGCUUGAUGACGUUUGGAGCAAAGACAGUGAAAAUGGGAGAAGCUGA